GACAAAAAUUAAUAAUGGUGAAUGGAGAUUAUUAAAAGAAUUAAUUCAAAAGAAAAAUGAAGAAGAAUCUCGUAUUAAUGAUACAAAUAUUGCACAACCAAUAUUAUUUGCUAUACAAGUUGCAUUAGCAGCAUUAUUUGUUUCAUGAAAUAUUUAUCUAUCAUCUAUAAUAUCACAUAGUGGUGGUGAUUAAGCAGCUGCUUUUGUUGCUGGUCGAUUAACUUUUAGAGAAACUGUUCGUAUAUUAGUUGUUUGACUAAGUGAAGAAGAAGUAGAAAAUAAACUUUUGAAAGGUAUUGAACAUUUGGCUUAUAUUGUUGUUGUUAAUAGUCUUCGUCGAGUAACAAUAAGUGGUGAUGAAAAAACAAUUGAUGAAAUACAACAAAUACUUUCAGUCUCUUAUCCAAAUGUAUUUAAAGAACGUGUUCGUAUUGAAAAUGCAUUUCAUUUUUCACAUUGAAAGAUAUUCGACGAUUUCCAAUACAAGAUCAAAAACAAAUAUUUAAUUCGAUAUGUGCACAAGCAAAACUUUAUUCAAGUGUUACUGAUGAUAAAAUCAAUGAUAAUAUACCAGUUGAUAAUGAAGCAGCAAAUGUUUUUCUUGAAAUUUCACCACAUCCAGUUUUAGCAACAUCUAUUCGUGAAUGUUAUGAAUUAACAAAUCAACAACCAUUUAUUCUUCUAACAUUAAAAGGAAAAGAAAAUGAACAAAUAACAUUACUUCCUAGUUUAGUACAAAUUACAACAUCAUCUCCUCAUGUAUGGCAACAAUAUUUUCAUACUCGUCAAAUUUUAUCGUUGAAAAAUCAUGAAGAAUAUUUUGAUAAUUUUCCAUUAUAUAAAUUUCAUUUGAGUCCAUGUUGGUAUGAAUCAAAAGAUUCAUCUAAACAACGUUUAGCUAAUCGUAAAUCUACUCACCCAUUACUGGGUAUUUGUCAAUUAAAUGAACAAACAAGUGCAUCAUAG